AUGCCGCCUUAUACUGGAUGCGCCAGAAUCCGUUCACCGGACACGGGUCUACACUUUUUGUCGUGGGGCGAUGAAUAUACAGCAAACAUUCCCUUCCAUGACACCAACCAUCUAAUAGAAUUCGCGCAGCAGUUCUUCCGAUUGGUCCAUAUCAAUGUCCCGCCGUUCGCUUUCACUUCUACAAGAGAUCCGAUCUUGCUUUCCAUCCGUUUGUCGGACGUUAGAGGCGAGCUGAAUCUAUAUAAGACCGGUGCCCAAUAUGGUCCCUCAUCGUUCUUCUCUUCAACAGAAAUGUCUCACAACUAUCAGUCUUCCUUCCAGUAUGGGUAUCAAACAACUUCGUACUCGGAUGCCAUCAACUCUCAACAUGCACCGUAUAUAGAGGCUGUUACCCAACAGCACGACACAAACUAUCCCUUCGGGAUGAUAACAGCCCAGUCGGCGGGUAGCUAUCCUCACGUCCAACCUGUUACUCAGGAAUUCGCCACAUCCCAGGGCGCUGCUUCCCCUUAUGGGGAAAACAAUAUAUAUCCUGUUCCGCAGUUUCGGCAGUUGCAGCAUAAUUAUUAUACUGCAGCUUCAACACCGUCCAUGGACCAGGGCCGGAAUCCGCAGACCUUCGUGUAA